AUGUCUCUUGUGCAUCCAAUAGGGGGCAUCUCACUGCGCGUCAGCCUGCCUGAGAUGGCCGUGAUUGGAGCAACGACGCAACCGGGAGAUUGCGAUGACCGCAGCCGCAAAGGGGGGAAAAUGGCAUCAUCCAUAAGUAAUACCGUCAGAUUGGCACGGCUUCCCGCGUUGGUUUUCGUCGUUGUUCCUGAGGUGUCCACUGUUGCUGGUGCUGGUGCUGGUGCUGGUGCUGCGGGUGAGGGGAGGCGGGAGGUAGCAUCGCGAGCUCAGCCUGAAUUGAAACUGGACAGGCUGGCCGUUGUUAUACUAUGUAUGUACGAACAGAACAGCGCCAAGUUGAGCCUCGAAGAUGCAAGGAAAAAGCCAAGGAAGCAUCGCCAUCUCCACCUCGCCAGCCCUACAAAGUCCAAGCGCAGCGUGUGA